UGAGAAGUGAGAACCGUCAGUCAGUCUUUCGCGUGCAAAGGUAGUGCUUGUACGUGCCACCUUUGCUUUGUCGCGGCCGACAGUGUCCGUAACUGAUAUUCGGAAAAUUGUGCAUGUGCGUUUUCCGACGAAAGCAGUGUGUGUGCUUGUGAUAUGUGCUAUUGUUUUCUAGGAUCACUUUACAAGUGGAGUACCAUCUUACACGAAUGAUACUAAUAGUGCAGAAGCGCUAAACAGAAACAUUAAUAGGCGCGUCGCAUUAUUAAAAUCGGACUUGAAAAACCAACGCGCGCUCGUCGCCGUUGCAGUACGCGAUAUCUCGUGUCGCGUGUUUAGUUCCGUGUAGCCGCCACAGUCAGUGCUCGCCGGAGUCGCGCGACUCGGCCAGCACUCCCCGCCACCGCCGUGGAUAACCUCGGCCAGAGCCCCCUCCCGGUGAAGAGGCUGCACGAAGCGCUUCAGAGUGCGCAAGUGAAGCGUCAGCGUCUCUCCCCCCCGUACCCCGCUCCUACCGCGAUUCACCCCAUCCAUCAACUCGCGGUGCAUCAGCACAUCAAAGUGCAGCAGAGCAUAGUGCAGCAGAGCAUCGUGCAGCAACACCAGUUGAAUCUGGCGCACCAGUCGCUGCAGAACUUGCAAGCGCAGAGCCUUCAGGCAGCGCAGCAGAGCCUGCAAGCCGUGCAGAAUUUGCAAGGCGGUCAGGGGCAGAGUCCUACGGGCGGCGCAGGCACGCAGCAGGCAGCGGGAGCGACACAGGGCGCGCUGGUGCCGCCGCAGCAGCCUUCACCGCGGGCUUCAUCCCCGCAACAUAAGAACAUGGAGCUCGCUUUGUGCCAGAGCAUGGACUCCGUUAAUACAGCAACUACAGAGGAAGAGGUGCGGACGUUGUUCGUGAGCGGGCUGCCCAUGGACGCGAAGCCGAGGGAAUUGUAUCUGCUGUUUCGGGCAUAUGAGGGAUACGAAGGUUCUCUCUUAAAGGUUACGAGCAAAAAUGGAAAGACAGCAUCGCCCGUGGGUUUCGUGACGUUCCACACUCGUGCUGGAGCCGAGGCUGCUAAACAAGACCUUCAGCAGGGCGUCCGGUUCGACCCCGACAUGCCGCAAACGAUUCGGCUGGAGUUCGCUAAAAGCAACACGAAGGUCAGCAAGCCGAAGCCGGCCGUUGCCACAGCCGCGCCAGCUGCACACCCCGCAUUGAUGCACCCACUCACUGGACACUUAGCCAGCCCAUUCUUUCCGGGUGGCGGAGCUGAACUGUGGCAUCAUCCCCUGGCCUACGGAGGGGAGCUGCCGACGCUGUCGCACGGGUUGGUCCAUCCCGCCAUCCACCCACAGAUGGCGCCCGUGCGUUCCUACCUCUGACUAGCUGCCGCCGAUAGGCCACACCACACCCCACUGACGCUGGGCGCGUGCGUGCUGCCGGCGCCCGCGCUGGGCUCGCCCGGCGCCGCGGUGGGCGCGCACGCGCCGCACCCCGCGCACCCGCACACCCCGCACCCGCCCUGCUCCACGCUCUUCGUCGCCAACCUCGGCCAGUUCGUGUCGGAACACGAGCUCAAGGAGAUAUUCAGCAGCUGUCCGGGGUUCUCGCGUUUGCGGCUUCUGACCGGUGGAGGUGGUUCUGGCCCGGUAGCCUUCGUCGACUUCGUUAGCGCAAGCGAAGCGGCGGGGGCCAUGGCCCGGCUGCAGGGCGCGCUGCUUCUCAGCUCGGAGGGGCCGAUCCAUCUCGAAUACGCGAGGCAUAAGUUGGCACACAACGGCUGGAUACUCGCACAUGAAGGAGCCAAAGGGGGAGAAGAGGUCGAACAGCAUUAGUUCGUUCGUGGCUCUCGGCACUUGACAACCAGCUCACUGAGGGACGCGCAAUCUUUAUCCUCUGAACCAUAUCCAACCCAGAAACACGGCAAUGGAAGAUGGAGCUCGCACAAGCAAUUUCACAUAUCCAUCGUAUAAUAACUUACAGUAAAUCAAGUCCAAACAUUCUAAAGGGUAAAUCCCAACUGUUCUCCUUUGAAAUUGUAUUCUUACUCCGUUUCUUAAAUUUGACUUUACAAUGUUGGACUUGACAUAAUUAAUAUGUAUGCUACGUGUGCUCGUCUUCUGUAUGUUUAUGAUUUCCUAGUACCAGCGUCAGAGGGUGGUGUAUUAUGUUGAUACCAAAUUUAGCAUAAAAGAUUUAUUUUAUUAAUUAACAUUCCACUUUUAUUGUUUACCGUUUGCAAUGAAAUAUUUUAAUAUAUAAAAUUAUUUUGUUUAAUGUAUAAUGUUCUUUUUUGUGUAAUAUUAGAUUUAUUUACAACUAACUUAUUGUAUGAGAAUGUUUUGUAUGUUUCUAGGCCGAAGUAUUGAACUGAGAGGAUUUGUUAUGACUGUAGAGUAAUAUCAGAAAUAAAACAUUUUAGGAUAUAUCUCAUUCGAAUAAGCUAAAAACCAAAGGUGCCCUUCAUAGAAAGAUUACGUUUUGUUAAAAUAAAUAUUUCAAGUUGAAUGAUUUUUAAUAAAAGUUGUAUUUUAAUAAAUAACGAUACUUUUGUUUUAGUCUCGAUAAUAUUAGUAUAUUUAAAUGAAUUUCAUGACUAUUUCAAAUUAUAUUUACCUAAUGCUUUUCUUAGUGAUUUUUAUAAUGUUCGAACACUCGUUAAAGCGCUGGCACUUUAGUGUUGGUCUUUCGAUCCUUUGUAUGUGUAAAUGGAUAUUUGCAAUAAAUGUAAAAGUAAUAAGAUAGUGUCGCCCCUUGGUGCCGCUUACUGUGAAGUGCAAUACGAUUCUGAACUCUCGAAGCCCGACUUCGGGACCACUUGCAUCGUAUCAUUCUGUUACAAGUUUUAGAACUAGUGAAAACCAAAGAGAAACUCCCAUGGUCGCAUUUAGUCGCUCGAUCGAUCCGGUCGUACUUAACCACUGUGUACACAUUAACAUUUAUGACCCUUCAAUAUUUCACUAGCUCUAUAACUCAAUUCUUGUUUUAAGUACUUAUGUCUUGUGCCUUGCAAAACUUUUUCCACGAGUUAUGUUCAACCUUUCUUGUGUGUGUCUGUUACCUCUCGUAUACGAUGCGGUGUUGUCGAGAUCAGUUCAGUGUUGCGAGAAUUUAGCAUUGGCCUUAUAAGAAUAAAUAAAUAAAUGUAAUCGUAAUGUUAGACGUAAUUAACUGGCGACUCGCCAUGCUGAAUAGUGAAAUGAUUAUUCUACUUGCAUGCUUUGACGAGCUUCUUGGUAAUAAUCUUAUUAAACAAAUAGUAGAUACUUUUACUGUGUAACCUUUAGGUCAAUACUAUAUUAAUUAGGUAAGGGUAUUUAUUGUAGACGAUCAGCAUAGUUACAUUAAUAUUUAAUAAAGUUAUUCAUACAUAAUAAUUAAACAAUGUAAUGAAGUUAAAUUACUGAAGUGUUAGGUGUAACUGAAAUGAAAAAAAUUAAUAUAUUUUAAUUUUUAGCUAGUUGAGUGUCGCAGGCGAAUGGACUCAGUUACCUAAAUGUCUAACGCGGUGACGAGAAAGUACAUUUCGUUCCGACAUAGCAAUAAACCAAAAAUAAAAACUUAAUGUUAUAUUAUAGUUGCCUAGAAACGUAUUCUGCUGUAACAUGUAAAAAUUAUAUAAAAAAAGUAAAAAAAAAUAUAUCCCUGCAUAGGCUAAUAUUAAGGUUUCGGAUGUUCUGACAAAAUUGACGCGACGAUUCGAUGUGUACACGUCGUGUUGAAUUUUCUGUAAGUGAAUUCUUAUGAAAAUAUCUUAGUCAAUAUAUAUAGAAAUAUUGUCAAUUUUUAAAAGAAAACUUAGCAAAAUUUUAUACGUUGUUUAUAGUGAUCGAUAAAUGUGUAACAUACCGAACGUCAUGGCGUAUUCACCAAAGAUGAGCGAUUUACAUAACUUUAAUACUAACCUCAGAACGUACCAAACAUUAUUUGUAGGCGCACGUACUGGCGGGAAUGAGAGAUAUAAAAUAUUCCAAUUUCCUACACCGGAGACCUGGGCCGAGUCAUGUACCUUAUAAGGAAAACCUUUUUUGAAUAUCACUUAUAAUGAUCUGCGUUUUUCUCUACUAAUAUAUAAAUAGUUUAUAAAUUAUCUGUGGUUUGUAUUAUAAGCUACAUCACUUCGCCCGACAAUAUUCAUGUGACGAAAACCUUUUGAGUAUGUAAAAAAUCGUAAAAUCGCUGUCAUUUCUAUUGUAUGUACUAAGUCAAUGUUUACUUAUUUAAUUCGAUAUAUUGUAAUGCUAAUUCGUAUGUAAGUGAUUGUGUAAUAGUGUAGUAGCGAUCUCCCAUACCUCCGGCCGCGGUGACCGCUCACGCAACUUUUGAAAUACAACGAAACUUUUAUACCUGUCGCUUUCAUAGAGGCUAUUGUUGUAAAACUUCUUGACAUCCAUCCUUGAGUAUGCACGUUCCUAAUGUUGAUUAAGUGUGAGUUGAUAGUAAUUUCCAUUACAAUGUUUACGCACACUUACCCAAGUUUAAGAGCACUUUUUAUAGUAUUAUUUUCAAGUCUUUCAUGUUUAAAUAUUGUUAUAAAAAUUUCGUAAUGUUCCAUCUCUAAUAGUAAUGUUCGUAUUUGAUAAUCUUGUAUGCGUGUUCGCGCGUUGCGAAGCGGUCGCCGGCGCCGCCAAGAUUCCGUCCAACACACUAUAGCGUAAGAGACGUCCAGUGGCUGCGGACACGGCUACGUCACCUAUUGCGGGACUACUCGAUACAUAUCAUCGUGUAAUAUUAAUGUAAUUAGAGAUAAUCAAACGGUUUCAUAGAGACGUUUAUUCUGUAUCCUUGUCUACUUCUCGCGAUGCAAUCGGCUACAUGUCACGCUAACGGUAUCGAUUUUGCGUUAACGGAGUUCUCGCUUGGCGGCUAAUUUCACCUUGAAUAUUUCAGCUUGUACGGAAUGGAAUUAUUUAGCGAAGAUCAAAUUAGUCGGUGAACAAACGGGUGAAUGCGAUGCGAUGAAUAAUGUAUGUUUGUUUGCGACAUCGAGUGGAGCGGAAGCGUGUCGACUGAGCCGCGUGACAUUGGCCCGCAUGUGAUAGGGUAGGGCUAGGGGUGUAGCAUCGCCUUGCAACGUAGGUUAAGUGAAGCGGUAUCACACAAACGCCGUGCAUCGGAAACAUAUCAAUUCUGUGCCCCUUAAUAAAAUUAGCUAAUAACUAACGUAAGAAAUACAUAUGAAUAGCAUAAAGAAAGAAAAUAAUCGUUCGGAGUAUUUAAUACAUACUAAGUGUUGUUUUCGCACGCGGAGAGAGUUAUCAUGCGAUUAGAUUAUGUUUUCGAAAUAUGGUUGACGCAUAGUACCCGAGUAGUGUCGCGCAAUUUUUUUUAAUUAUUAUUUAAACUUAUCGCAAAUAGUCUUAAUGUUAUUUUUAUUGUUAUUAUAGGCUAAUCAAAUGGCUUAAUUACUAAAAUAAUUUCUAAAUGUUCGCUUUCAUAUUCAGUAUUAAUGAACGUGUUUCUUUAAAAAGUUCGGUGACGCGAGAUAACGUCUCUGAAAACUUAUUUGUAUAUCGAGCAAAAUCAUACAAAAUAUUUAAAUUAGUGGUUAAUUGUUAGAUUUGUGUGACUUGGAUUAUUUAAAGCUUUUAGAGCAAUGGUAAAGUGUUAUUGUGGUUUAAGAAAAAAAAACAUAAUGACAUUGUAAAAAUAGUGAUAAAUUUAGCUUAAUUGUAUCAUUAUUAUGACUUUUAUAGAUGUUCAUUAAUUUUCAUUUCUUACUUCAUUGACUAUUGUCGCAUUGGAGACGUCAUUGUUAAUUCAAAUAAAUUUGAGCUGAUCCUCAAUGGAAGUUUUUAUUCGUACAUCCCUCCGAUUUCGGCGCCGAUCAGUCUCCAAAUUGAAAUCUGAACAGAGCUAAUAAAUCUUCGCUGAUUGUACAAAUUUUUCAUUUCUCUCAAUCUGAGUGAGUACAAUCAAAGAGUCUACUUUUAAUAUUUUUCUUAUAUGAGAUCUGUUAUUUAUUAGAGAACUUGUUCGUUAUUUUGUCAACCUCUUUGUAAUAUUGAAAUCUAGUAAUUAAUAUUAAUAUGUGUCUAGAUUAGGAUAACCGAGAUUAGAAUAAUUAUAUUAUUGACGGUUGAGCUUUGACUUUUGCUUUGUAGAGAUGCUUCGAUACGUCCUCUUGUAAAACGAGUUUUAUCAAUUAUUAUAAUUCUUUAAUAUAUUAAGAUCAAUGUUUAAACAAAUUGGUUUUACAUAGACGACGUAGACUAUUGCGGGUAAAUCGCUAUGAAUUCUUACUUUUGAGGAUAAUUUAUUUUAUGGCAGUGUUGUAUUUAUGUUAUGAUUAGUUUUAAAGCAUUAUAGGGUCCAAAGAUUGGGAAUAAACAUUAUGUGAGAAAUUA